ACUGACUUUGUCAAACUUUUGAAUUCAGACCUUCCCAGAAGUUUCAUUAAAAUAUGCAGUAUGAAGAUGUCUCUGCAGAUUUUAUUGUAAAAGAAAAAAACAGCAUCUGUCUGAUCAGUGUACUGUUCCACAAGUUAUCAGGUACUCUGCAAGAUUUCUUAGUGUUUCAUUCUUUCAUUCCUUUUUUGGUUAUCAGUUCCAAAUUUCAUCACUUCUGAGCCUUGAAAAAUAAGAAUUUUGAGCUAAUCCUGCUAGAUAGGUUGUUUUCAUGGAUACCCUUUAUGUUGAAAGAUUUUCUGCCCCCAUUGAAGGAUUUGAAUUGGGCGAUGGCUCGAAUUCAGUCUGUUGUGAUGAGAAUCUUGCAGGUGGGUUCAAAGAGAAUCAUGAAUCCACCAACCCAAACUCCCUUCCAUCCAACUUCGAUCAUCCUAGUGUUUCAAGUACUUCUUUGAGCGCGGGUUCGGAUGCUGAUAAUAUCGACAUCAGUGAUUGCAAUCAACCUGUGCUCAAGUACAUAAGCGAUAUUCUUCUGGAGGAAGAUUUGGAGGGUAAGGCCUGCAUGUUGCAGCAAUCUUUGGCCCUCAAAAUGGCUGAAAAUUCUUUUCAUGAUGCCCUUAAUUCGGAAAACCCUCCUUUACUCAACCAACCCUCUUUUUCUGUGUACCAAAGCUUUGAGGAUUCCGAUGUCGGUUUUCAUAGCAGUGAUGGCUCUGUUGCCAGUUUUUAUAGCAGUAAUGGCUCUAUUUCUGCUAAUAGCGGCUGUGUUUGGGAUGUUUCACAACCCUGUCAUGUCCAGUCUUCACUCUUUGAGCCUAUAUCGGAUACCCUUUUCGUUUCGGAUUCGUUUUCUGUAGAGGAAGGAAUCAAGUUCGUUCCAAAACAAAGUUGUGAAAUCAUUGACCCUGAGAGGGACCAGUUAAUGCCUUCAGGUUCUGAUCAGUGGCCUCGAGGUCCUUGCACACUGAUUGGGGAUUUGGCAUCGAAGAAUGGCUACAACUCAACAAAUGGAUCAAAGGGAAAGAAGAAUCAUCGGCGGGAGGAUGGCUAUGACACAGAAGAAGGAAGAAGAAACAAGCAGUCAGCUGCUGCUUGUGACAGUUCUGAUCUGCAAGAAAUAUAUGAUAAGGUUCUACAGAGUGUGAACCAUGAACCUGACUCUUGUUCUCAUGAUGAAUCUUCGAAAACCAAGGGAAAUAGGACGUUGCAGCAUAAGGAGCAGUCAAAAGGAUCAAAAACAUCACGUGCAAAGAAACAAAACAGCAACGGGAAGGUAGUAGACCUUUGCAAACUGCUAACUGAAUGCGCAGAAGCUGUGGCAAGCUAUAACCAACAAGCUGCAAAUGAACUACUCAAGCGGAUAAGGCAGCACUCUUCGCCCUACGGUGAUUCAACCCAGCGAUUAGCUCAUUACUUCGCUGAUGGCUUAGAGGCGCGGUUGGCUGGUGCCAGAAACCCGUCAUAUUGCCGUCCUCUAAUGAUGCACAUACCAGAAACGGAAAUCUUGAAGGCUUACCAGGUGUAUGUUACUGCAUGCCCUUUCAAGAAGAUGGUGCACUUCUUUGCCAACAGAACAAUUAUGAAAACAGCAGAGAAGGCGACAAGGCUUCACAUUAUUGAUUUCGGUAUUUCUUUUGGUUUGCAAUGGCCCUGCCUUAUCCAGAGUCUCUCAGAGAAAACCGGCGGGCCUCCUAAACUUUGUAUCACAUUAAUUGAGGUUCCCCAACCAGGCUUUCGACCUGCAGAGAUAAUUGAAGAGACGGGGCGUCGCUUAACUAAAUACUGUGAGAAGUACAAUGUCCCAUUUGAGUACAAUGUCAUUGCUAAGAAAUGGGAAACCAUUCGAUUGGAGGAUAUUCGUAUUGACAGAAAUGAGGUGACCGUGGUUAACUGUAUGUUCCGGUUGAAGCAAAUACCUGAUGAAACAGUGAUGGCGAACAAUCCAAGAGAUGCUAUCUUAAAUUUGAUCAAGAGAAUCAAUCCAGACCUUUUCAUGCACGGAGUUGUCAAUGGAACAUACAAUGCGCCCGCCUUUGUCACACGGUUCAAACAGGCACUCUUCCACUUCCACGCAUUCUUUGAUAUCUACGAGGCCACUGUUCCACGCGAAGAUGAACAAAGAAUGCUGUUUGAAAGAGCAGUAUUUGGGAGGGACAUAAUGAAUGUCGUAGCGUGCGAGGGGCAGGAGAGAGUUGAAAGGCCGGAGACAUACAAGCAGUGGCAGGCUAGGUAUGCGAGGAUCGGGUUCAAGCAGCUGCCGUUAGACCGAGCGCUCUUGCAGAAAGUGAAGACCUUGUCGAAGGUGAUGGGGUAUCAUAGUGAUUUCCUAAUUGAAGAUGAUGGCCAGUGGAUGCUGCAGGGAUGGAAAGGAAGAAUCGUCUUAGCACUUAAUGCUUUGAAGCCUGCAUAGGAGUCACACUUUGUGAUGCCUAAAAUCUGUAUUUUCUUGUAUCUUCAAUAUUUCCUGUACGUCUCGUUUACUCGCUAGAUUCAAUCAACAUAUUGAAUGAAGAAACGGAUGUCACCUUUCAAAUCUUGUCCAAAUUCAAGGAAAUGUUUUUACUUUUA